AUGAAAAUGCUCUGGAAAUUAACUGAUAACAUUAAAUAUGAAGAUUGCGAGGAUCGCCACGACGGCACCAGCAACGGGACGGCGAGGCUACCUCAGCUGGGCGGCGUGGGCCAGAGUCCGUACACGAGCGCGCCGCCGCUCUCCCACACGCCCAACUCAGACUUCCAGCCCCCGUACUUCCCCCCACCUUACCAGCCCAUUUACCCGCAGUCUCAGGACCCUUACUCGCACGUCAACGACCCUUACUCCCUAAACUCGUUGCACGCUCAGCCGCAACCGCAGCACCCGGGCUGGCCCGGCCAGAGGCAGGGUCAGGAAAGCGGCCUGCUGCACCAGCACCGAAGCCUGCCCCACCAACUGUGUCGGGACUACCGCAGGGAGGUGCUUCUACCGUCCGGCCACGGCAUUGACACGGGACUGUCGGACUCUAUCCCAAUCCAUGGAAUACCUCACUCUUUAGAAGAUGUCCAGCCUGUUGAGGAUCAAGGAAUUCACAUUCCCGACCAGACUGUAAUUAAAAAAGGUCCGGUGUCUUUAUCCAAGAACAACGUCUCGGGCAUCCCCAUCAACAAGGAUGGCCUCUUCGGCGGGGUGGUCAACCCGAACGAAGUGUUCUGCUCGGUUCCGGGUCGCCUGUCCCUACUCAGCUCCACGUCCAAGUACAAGGUGACGGUGGCCGAGGUGCAGCGACGCCUCUCGCCGCCCGAGUGCCUCAACGCCUCACUGCUGGGCGGCGUGCUCAGGAGGGCGAAGUCAAAGAACGGCGGCAGAUCCUUGCGGGAGAAGCUGGAUAAAAUCGGCUUGAAUCUACCUGCAGGCAGACGCAAGGCAGCUAACGUCACCUUGCUGACGUCACUAGUAGAAGGCGAAGCGGUGCAUCUUGCCAGGGAUUUUGGUUACGUGUGUGAGACCGAGUUCCCCGCCAAGGCAGUAGCUGAAUAUGUAAACCGUCAGCACUCCGACCCAAACGAACAAGUCCAAAGAAAAAACAUGCUACUGGCAACAAAGCAAGUGUGCAAGGAGUUUACGGACCUGUUGUCUCAGGACCGUUCGCCACUGGGGAACUCGCGGCCGCAGCCCAUCCUCGAACCGGGAAUCCAGAGCUGCUUGACCCACUUCAGCCUCAUCUCGCACGGCUUCGGCACGCCGGCCCUGUGCGCGGCCGUCACGGCACUGCAGAACUAUCUGACCGAAGCCAUCAAAGCCAUGGACAAAAUGUACCUCAACAACAACCCCAACAGUCAUUCAGAUAACGGCACUAAAGGCGACAAAGACGAAAAGCACAGAAAGUGA